GCUUCCAUUUUGCAGCAGCUCUUGACGAGGUUCUGACUCCCUGAGCUUCUAUCACAUUGAAUACAUACAGUACAUACUUUGCGUGUACAUGCAUAUUUGACGGGCGUACCGUCCCCGUGAAGCCGAAACCGAAGAAGGAGCCCUUCCUGCUAUAUUGACGCUCAACACUUGAAAAAGAGGCCGUUCUUCUUCAAGGCAUUCUUGAGUCUACGUGGACUUCACGGCGCGGCACAGUCUCGGCAGUCAGCCCUGAGGGCAACAUGCAGCCCGCCUAAAGCCCGCCUGGGUUGGUGAUGGCGGGCAGCCAGGUCCACCCGGACAGGAACUGCCGGGGCCUAAGCCGGGCACAGCGUAGCGGCAACUGCCGGCGCAGCCGGUGAGCGGAGCUGAGGAGGAGCACCCAUGGCCGACAGACCCGAGCGCCCCAGCUCGGCGCCGGAAGCACGCCGCCCAGCCUCAGCCCAAGCUCUGGGCUCUGCGGCAGCCGCGGGGCUGAUCGUAGCGCCGGGUGUGCAGCCCUCCACGCUUCGGCCGGGCGCCGGCGCGGGCGGCGCGGGGCAUGGCGGCUCCAUUCUGGCCGCGGUCGUCAGAGGCGACGGCAGCUCCGGCGCGGCUCACGGUGUGGGUAGCAGCGCCGGCGGCUUCAGUGCGGGCCACGGCGGCGGCAGGAUUGUGUUGGGUCGCACAACAGGCCUGGCCAGCCGCGCAAGCGCCAGCCGUGGCAGCCAGCUGGGCGGCGGCAGCGGUGGCGGCGGCGGUGGCGGCGGUGGCGGCAUUGCCGCAGGCGUCGGUGCCGGCGGCGGCCUGACGGCGUCGGUUGCGGCGCCCUCGCCGUCGGGCGCAGGCUCCCACGGCCAUGCGCACCAGAGCUCCACGCAAGCCCCGGGGCCGGGCGCUGGGCUCGGUGGUGCAGGGCUGGGGCUGGGGCUGGGGCCGGGGCUUGCGGCGGAGUCGUCUGGUGGUGCCUGGGGACUGUGCGCCGUAGGCAUGUCGGUCCGUGGCUCCGCACUCAGCCUCGCCUCGCCAGCCGCCGCCGGGGGCAACGCCCCUCCCGACGGCCUCGGCGUCUACCUGUCAGGUGUGGGAGGGCCGGAGGCGGGCGGCGAGACAGCCCGCCGGCGCAAGCCGUCACUGCCGCCGGAGGCGCGCGCGGCCGCGGCCGCCGCGCACAAGCCGUCCACGGCGCCGGCGGGGCCGUCGUCCGGGGCCCCGGGCGCGGGGCGGCCGGCGCGCAAGUCUUCCAUGGACGGCGGCGGCGGGUCCGGCGGGUCUGGCGGGGCGGGAGUCAGCGGCAGUACGGCUGCCGCGGCGCGGGUGUACGGUUUGGAGGCGGCGCCGCGCCGGGCCAGCGUGGGCACUACCGGGGCUGGUGGCGGCGGCGGCGGCGGGGUCGGGGGUGGAGGCGCGGCGGGGGCCCGUCCAUCCAGUGCGGUGAAGCGGCAAGCGGCAGCGGGGUCAGCCGGCGCCGGUGCCGCUCCCGCGCCCGGCAAGGCGGUGGGUGCGGGCGCUGGCAAGGCGACCGCCGGCGCUGCGGCUGGCGCCGCAGCCGCGGCUGACGCCGGCGCUGCCAAGCCGAAGAAGACAAAGAAGACCGCGCAGGCGGCAACGGGCACGGAGGCCGGCGCGGGCCGCGCUCAAGGUGAGAUGAAGGCUCCAAAGGCAUCGGCGGCUGGGGCUGGAGCUGUGCCGGCCAAAGCAGCUGGAGCUAAAGGCACUGGCAAAGGCUCGAAGGGGUCUAAGGCUGCUGCUGGCGGCGCUGGUGGCAAGGCGGUGGCAUCCUCACGUGGCGGUAGUGCCAAGGGCUCGGCGGGCUUUGUGGGACCCGACGGCGGCGCGGCGGCUGCAGCGGCGGCCGGCGGCGAUGUGGGUCUGGCGCUCAGCGUCAUUCCAGAGGAGGGCGGCUCCGGCGCCGCCUCCGCCUCCGCCACUGGCGUCAUGGGGUCCUUCAGCCUAGCCGCCGGCGGCGGCGCCGGCGGCGGCAGCAUGCCACCCACGCCUUCCGCCGCAGCCGUUGCCGCGGCCGCGGCAGCGGCCGCCGCAGGUGGCGGCGGCGCCGCCGCUGCCGUGCGCGCCAGCGCCGCCUCCGCUGGCGGCGGUGGCAAGAAGCCGUCUCGUCCUGUGCCUCGGGAGCUUGACGCGGCGCAGUUCGAGCUGGGUCGGGUGCUGGGCAGCGGCUCCUUCGCCACGGUGUACCUGGCGCGGCAGUUGGACGCGGGCGGGGCCAAGGUGGUGGUGAAGAGGCUGGACCGCAGGCCCGCGACCGCCACACUGGGGCACAACCCCAUGGCGCCCAGCAGCGAGGUGGACAACGAGGUGGCGGUGAUGACGCGCGCCGGCUUCCACCCCAACCUGGUGGAGUUCCGGGGCUGGUACCGCGACCCGCGGGACGGCGUCAUGUGCCUGGUCAUGGGCUUCUGCAGCGGCGGCACACUGGCGCAGCUGAUCAAGAACCCUCCCGCGGUGGAGGGCGGCGCAGCUGGCGGCGCCGGGCCUGGGCGCAACCCCUACAACGCCGGCGGCGGCCCCAUCGCCGACCCCAACGCCUUCACCACCUUUGGCAGCCCCAUGCCUGCUGGCGGCGGCGGCGGCGGUGGCGGCGGCGGCGGUGGCGCAAUGGGCGAUGGCGGGACCAUCGUCGGCGGCGCGGGUGGCGGCGGCGUGGCGGCGGCGCGCACUCCGUUUUACUUUCCUGAGGAGCUGGUGAUGUUUUGGUUUGUGCAGCUGCUGAUGGCGCUGCACCACUUGCACGGCCGCAAGAUCAUGCACCGGGACCUGAAGCCCGACAACAUCUUCCUGGCGGCGGCGCGCCGGGUGAUCAAGCUGGGCGACCUGGGGGUGGCCAAACACAUGAGCGGCACCUUCGAGCUGGCCAUCACAUGCCUGGGCACUCCCUACUACAUGAGUCCGGAGGUGCUGGCCAGUCGGCCGUACACGUACGCCUCAGACAUAUGGUCGCUGGGCUGUGUGCUGUACGAGAUGGCGGCGCGGCGGACGGCGUUCGAGGCGUUCGGGCUGCCGCAGCUCAUGUUCAAGAUCAUCCGUGUGGCCUACGACCCGCUGCCGCCCGCCUACAGCCGCCCCUUCCAGCAGCUGGUCAACGGCAUGCUGCGGGCCGACCCCGAUGACCGACCCACCACCGGGGACCUGCUGGCCCAGCCCUACGUGCGCCGCCACCUGGCCCGACUGCUCACACUGGGGGCGCCGGCGGGGGCGCCCGCGCUGCAAGGCCCAUCUCCGUCAAUGCCGCCCAUGGUCAAACCCAGCGCCGCCAGGUCCGCAGUCAAACGCCUGGAGAAGGCCGCCGCCGCCGCCGAAGGCGCCGCCGCAGCCGGCGGCGGAGCCGCCGGCACCGGCGCGCGGCGGCGCCGCCGCCCCGCCGCCGCCGCGGCGGAGGGCGGAGCCGCCGGCGGCGGAGAGGACGCGGAGGUGGCCUCUGGCCUCAUGUCUAUGAUGGCGGGCGCCCGUGGAAAGAACGUGCACCAAUGGGACAGCGGAGCCAAGUUCGAUGUGCGGCGGCAGCAGCAGGCGGAGAUGCGGUUCCGGGCGCGGGAGUUCGAGCAGCGCAUCACGAGGGAGCAGGUGCGGCAGCAGCGGCGCGAGCGCGACCCGGCUGUGCGCGCGCGGGAGGCGGAGCUGGAGCUGCUGCGGCAGGAGCUGCUGGCGAGGCGGGAGCGCAAGGCGGCGCAGGUGUACGAGCAGCGCAUCCUGGCAGACAAGCUCGGCGACGACGAGGCGCUGCCCGGCGGCGGCGGCGGCGGCGCGGAGCCGGGCGAGCUGCUGGCGGCGGCCGCCUUUCGCACGCGGCCCAAGCUGGCGCGCACCUCGCAGCUGGCGCCGGACCUGGCAGGUGUGGACGACUACCGGGCGGCGCUGGGCCCGCACGCCGACGACGCCGACAUGUGCGCGCUGGCCGCCCGCCGCAUGCUGGGAGGCGACAGCGGCGACCUGGAGGAAGAGGAGGGCGUGGAGGAGGAGGACGAGGAGGCAGAGGAGGGUGGCAACAGGCUGGGUGCCGCCACCGUGGCAGCGGCGGCCCGAGUGCGGCAUGCCGUUGCGGACGGGGAGGAGGGCGAGGCUGAGCCUGACACUGCCGGCCGUCGCCACCAACGCCACCAGCACCAGCGCGCCCAGCAGGGCCACGCCUCGGCGGCGGCAGCGGCCUCCCAGAUCGCCGGCGGCGCCCGCCAGCGCUACGGCGCGGCGCCAGGCGGCGGCGGCGCCGCCGCCGCCGCCGCCGCAGCUGCUGCGGCCGCUGCCGUACAUUCGGAUGAUCUGUACGACGGCGAGGAGGAGGAUGAGGGCGAGCUGUACGACGUGGAUGUCGAUGAGGAUGCGGAGUACGACGAGUACGACGACGAUGACGACGCCUUUGAGUACGACGAUGAUGGGGAGGGGGAGGAGGGCGAGGAGGUGGAGGAUGGGGAGGAGGAGGGAGGCACGGUAGCGCAGGCGCGGCGCGUGGCAGCUGUCACCGCUGCUGUGGAGGAGGAGCUGGUGGACGGGGAGGACGCCGAGGAGGCUGCGCUGCUGGAGGACAUGCGGCGGGAGCUGCUGGAGCAGGCGCUGGCGGACGGCGCCGCGGAGGAGGAGCGGCAGCGCGAGCUGCUGGGCGGCUCGUCGGAAUGGCAGGCGGCCGUGGCCUCGCUCGGCGACGCGCCAGCCACCGGUCGCCGACGUGGUGGCGGCGCCGCCGCCGCCAUUGCUUCGAAGGCCGGCACUCGCUCCUCCGUCGCCAGGCGGAGUGACCCGGCGGCGUCCGCCAGGGUCCGGCAACAGCAGCAGCGGCGGCGGCAGGGAAUUGAGGCCGCAGCGGGCCCAGGCCAGGGCCCGGGUGAAGAGGAGGAAGAUGAUGAGGAGGAGGAGGAGGAGGAAGAGGAGGACGUGGAGCGCUUUGACGGUUUGGCCACUGCCGAUGCCGUCAGCGCCACCUCGCUGAGGGCGUCCCGGCUGGGCGGCGCGGGCGGGGCUGCAGCAGCUCAUCACCACGGGCAGGAGCAGCAGCAGCAGGACGAGGAGCUGGGGGAGGAGCUGGAGGAGCGGCAGGGGACGCAGCGGCGGCGUGGUGGCGCGGCCAAGAGCGGCAGCAGGGGCCGGCGGGAGGUGUCUGCCGCGCCGGAUGCGGCGGCGGGUGCGGCGGCGGCGGCUCUGGAAGCGCAGGGCUCAUUUGCGGAGGACAUGGCGCUCAGCUCCGUCCCGGAUGACGACCACGAUGACGAGGAGGAUGAGGACGAUGAAGAUGAGGACGAGGAAGACGAGGAAGAUGAAGGCGAAGGCGAGGAUGGUGAUGAAGAGGAUGACCAAGGAGACGAGGAGGAUGAGGAGGAUGACAGUGAAGACGAAGGCGAGGAGGACGAAGACGAAGACGGCGGCGAGGACGAGGACGACAGCGGUGACGGCGAGGAUGAGGACGACGAGUCGGUCGGCCUGGAGAGCCAGGAGCCCUCCGGCAUCUACGACGACGAUGCCGCCAGUGACGGCGGCGCCGCCGACGGCCCUGGCAGCGCCGCCCACGACCACGACGGCGAGGAGGAACCCCAGCGCGCCACUCGCUCCCGCCUUGGCCGCCCGCACCAGCGGCACCCCGCACACGCCCGCGCCACCGCUCUUAGCCAUCCGCACCCGCACCCGCACCGCGAGCAGCCCUGCGGCACGGCCUCGCCGCAGCGGGAGCCGCAGCUUGAGGAGGACGAGCUAGCACCCCAGACCGGGGCCGGGCUGGAGCGAGGGCCGGAUUGUGCGUCAGCGCUGGAGAUGGCGUCGUUGGCGGCUGUGUCGGGUCGGCGGCGGCAGGAGGUCCAUGCGGCGGCGGCGGCGGCGGUGGCGGCGGCGGCGGCGGCGGCGGCGGCGGCGGCGGCCCCCUCGCGGCUGGACCCUCAGGAGCUGGAGCGCAGCUUCAAGGACCUGGAGCAGCAGCUGACGGCGGUGUGGCAGUCACGCCACGUCAGCGCCAGUGCCAGCGUCAGUGCCAGUGAACACGCCAGCGUACGCGCCAGCGUGCGUGACAGCGUGCGUGACAGCGUGCGUGACGGCGUGCGUGACAGCGUGCGUGACAGCGUGCGCGACGGCUUCAAGGCCGACGGCGAUGCGGGCGGUGCGGAGCAGCGGCAAAGCCAGGGUAGCGGUGGCAGCGGCGGCGGGAGCGGCGCCAGUGGCGGCGGUGGCACGGGGCCGCGAACGCGGGCUGAGCAGGAUGACGGCGGCGACCUGGGUGAUGGCGGCGGCGCCGCCGCGGUUGUUGGGCUGCUGGAGCGCAGCGGCGGCGGCGAUAGGCUCGGUUGUGCCGGAAGCGGGCGCGACGGGCGGGCAGCGGCGGCCGGGGCGGGGCUGCUAGCGGCCGGUCCGGAGCCGGAGCCGGAGCCUGACCCGCAGGUGACGGGGGCAAUGAAGGAGCUGCUGGGGAAGCUGUGGACUCUGACAGUGGAGGAGAAGGCGGCGGGGGCCGGCAAAGCCGCCGGCGGCAAGAGCCUGGGCGGCGGCGGUGGCGGAGCGGCAGGGCUGCGGCGCAGCGGCGGUGCCGACGGAGGCGGGAACGGCGGUGGGGCCGCGCCUGCGCGGCGGUCUGUGGUGGGCAGGGCUGGCGCGCCUGCUUCGGUCCACCGGGCGCCGCCGCUGGCGCAGCAGGCGCAGGGUGGCCGGCAGCAGCACCGGCACGCCAGGCCAGCGGCGGCGGCGGAGCCAAGUGCUGGGGUCAGCAGCACCCGCGCCAGCUUAACGGCCUGGGCGGAGCCCGGCGCACCAGCCGCCGCCUCUGCCGCCGCCUCUGCACCUGCACCUGCAGAGCUAGCCGCAGCCGCGGACUCGCCUGUCCUCAACGGCCGGGCAAGGGCGGACGGCGGCGCCCGCGGCGCCCGUGUGGCUUCGGCGGGCAGCACCGCGCUGGGCUCCUCCGCCCGCGGCUCCACCGCACGCAGCCUCAGCUUCGGCUCCGCCGUCGACGGCGGCAUGUCGGCGGCUAGCACGUUGCGCGCGGCGGUGGCGGCGGCCGCAACCACUGACAGCGGCGAGGGACCAGAACGAACGGGACCAGACCAGGACCUUGGCGGCGGCGGCGGCGGCGCCCGUGACGCCGCGGGCGAGAGCCCGGUGCGCUUCAGCUCAGGGCCGCACCCGCACCCGCACCCGCUGCUGGCGCCACAGCGGCCGUCGAGCUCGCCACAGCCCCACCAGCAGCCCCACCAGCAGCCCCACCAGCAGCCCCACCAGCAGCACACACAGCAGCAGCAGCCGCCGCAGCUCUCGCGCCCGCCGCUGCGCGACGGGCCGCUGCCGCCGCCGCGCGUGCCGCGCGCCAGCGGAGGCAGUGACCUCGGCAAUCCCUACUCGCCGCCGCCGUCGCCGCCCGCGUUGCUGCCGCCCGUGGGCCCUCGCGCCAGCCCCGACCCCAACCGCCGCCGCCAGCACGCGGCGGCGGGGCUGCUGCCGCCCUCCGCGCCGCCGCAGCUGUACCCGCAGCACCUGCCUGAGGUGCGGCCGCCGCCGGACUGGGCGCACCACAGCAGCAGCGGGGCCGCCGGCGGCGGCGCCAGCGCCGGCGGUGGUGACGAUUGCGCCGGCGGCGGCGUGGAUGGGCUGUUUGACAGCCUCAUGUCAGGGGACAGCUUCAACGCCGGGGCCAGCAGCGGCAUCCGGCCCGCGACGCGGGAACUUGCGCCGCUGCGGACGCCGCGGCGCAGCAGCGGCCUCAACCCACAGCUUGCGCCGCCCGGCCCAGACGGGCCCCUGCAGCCGUCCUACUCCACUGACGGCGGCGUUCUGUCGCCGCCGCCGCUGCCGCCCGGCGGCGCGGCGACCAUGUUCAGCCAGGCGCUAGGCGGUGGCGGCGGCGGCAGCCCGGGCCGCGGCGGCGCCAUGCUGCUUUCUGGACCCGGCGGCGGCGGCGGCGGCAGCUCGGGUGCGCUGGGGCCGCGGUUGAGCGGCGCGGCGGGGCCGCUGGCGCCGCUGCGGACGGACUCCUGGCCCCGCGCCUCGGUCCACACCUCCAUAUCCCUCCUGGCGGCUGGCGGCGGUGCAGGCGGCGGCGGUGGUGGGACAGGCUCGGGCUAUGCCACGCCGCCGUCGCCGUCGCGGCCACACUCCUCGGGCGCGGCGGGCGGGGAGGGGCCGCCACCGCCGUCGUCGUCGUCACUGCGGCCACUGAACCACGCCGCCCAUCAUGGCCACGACUUACACGCAGAUCAUGGCGAGCGGGCUACGCAGCACACCGGAGGCAGCGGAACAGGGACAGGGGCUGGGGCCGGUGCAGGGCCGCGGGCGCUGCCGCGCUCGACCUCACGGCGGGGAUCGCAGGGCGCGCUACUGGACGUCAACAGCGCCGCCGUUGGAGCAGACGGCGCUGGUGGGGGCGGCGGAUUGGAAGGAGGCGCAGGCGGAGGAGGAGGCGGGGGAAGCGGGUGGGCGGGGAUACCGCCGCCCAGCGCCACACGCACCGUCAGCGGCACAGGCCUGCUGCCAGCCCUGCAUGGCACCGCUGGAGGCGCCGCGGCGGGGGCCGGGGGCGGCGCAAGGGCAUACGACUCGUACGAGGGCGCGGCGUCACCUGCCAGGUCAGCGUCGCCCGCGCCGCUGUGGAGCGAGGAGGAGGCAGAGGAGGAGGAAGCGGUUGUUUCAGGGCACGCCGACGCCAGCGGCGGCGGCGAAAGGCGCGCCGGGCAGGUUGCCGGCGGCGGCAGCAGCCGGCGUAGCUUGGUGCCGAGGUCACCGCCGGCUGGCGUGAUGGAGUCCGAGUUUGCACCAUCUACACAAGGCAGUGGUGUGGCGGGAGUCGCAGGAGCGGGAGUUGGAGCAGCAGGUCUGCUUCCUCCGCUGCCAACAGGCCCCUCGGGGCCGCCUUCGGCAGAGGCAAGUGGUGCAGGCGGCGGUGGUGGACCGGCUGGGGCUUCUGCGGCUAUCGGCUCGGGCGCGGGCGUUGCUGGCGGCACACGGCCUGUGGUGUCGCCCCUUGCGGUGGGCGGCGUGGCGCCGCCGGCGGCGACACGGGAGGGGCUGGCGGCGGCGGGCGUGGCGGCGGGCGUGGAGUUGGGCGGGCUGAUGGCGGACAUUCGGAGGUGGAAGGUGGACAGGAACCGGCACAGGGCAGGGCCGGCGGGUGCAGCAGCUUCGGCUGGUGCGAAAUAGGAUGGCUACGUAGAUGUGAGACCGCCGGCCGCGGUGUGAACUGGGGGCAGCAAUGUUGUGUGCGGGAUUGUGCGGUAUUUGCCUUUCCCAAGAGCACAAGAACUCUCGAAGGGUCCUAUGAUAAGACUGACAGUACUCUCACAAGAAUUAGGUUGAUGCCAGGCAGUCUAGCCAGUAGUAGGGGAUCGGUCAGUCAGCCCGCAAGCUAGGCACGGGGCUUGCGCCACUGCGCUAGAGCUUGAGAGCCAUGUCGGGAUUAUCGAUAGUCCGGUCGGUGCCAGCACUCGAUUACACAGCAGUCAUAUGCUGCUGUGGUAUGCAACAUGUAAAGCUAUACUAUC